CUCACUCUUCGCCUCCCUUUUCCCUUCAGAUAAUCAUCAAGAAAAAAGAAAACAAGUGACACCCCACGAAGACAGGGACAAUGCUGGUCCAGUUUGUCACUGGCUCUUCCAUGGGCAGCCCAGAGCCCGGCCCAAAGGAGCACUGGCCAUGAGCAGCUGCCCAGUACACGACUGCCCAUCGUGGGAUGCUGAGCGCCUGGAGCCUGUGGAAACGGGCUCCAGAGGCGCCCUACGCCUCCGGGGAGGAGCCCCUGGCUCUGCGGCAGGUUUUCGGGCCAGCAUCUGGGGCCCGCCCACGUACCCCUCACCUGUCGGGCUCGGGCACCCGGUAUCCCUCCCCCGCCGCUACGGCCCGCGGUGCCCGGAGCCCGACGCCCGGCAUGGGUGGGGCUCCGGCAGCAACGCCGGUUACCGCGGGCCGGACCGGGCCGGGCGGACUCCCUGCCCUGCACGGGAUCGAGAAGGAAGGAGCUCCUCCCCAGUGCCCCCUCCUAGGCUCAAGGCCAUGACCUCACAGGCGAGGAAGCAAAAUGGAGGGGCCCUCAUAGACACAGUGGACUGGACAAGGGAAGCCCCAGACUCUGACCCUGUGAUGAGCAUGCAGAAGUCGCAGAAGCCACAGACGACAGUGGGGCAGUAA